GGCUGAAUUAAUUUGUGUUUAGUUUAAUUUUUGUGAGAAUAUCAAAAUGCGACACACAGGACAGGUUCUUCUCGUUUGUUUUCUUCUGUGUAUUUCUGCUGAUUCCAAGCCGUUAAUUUGCGACCAAGUGRCACCAAGCAGCAUUAAUCACUGUAGAAAUGGGAUUKCACGAUAUUAUUUCAACAAACAAAAACACUCCUGUGAAAAGUACCAAUUCUGCGGGAGUUUCCUGAAUGAUUUAAACUUCAAGACUAUGAAGGAAUGCCAAAGAACAUGCUCCAGAGGGACAUACGGCUUAGCUUGGUGAAAAGCAGAAUCAACAAGCAUUAUUGACUUCAAUGGAAACAAAUGUAAAAAUAUAUCAAUAAAUGGCAUAAAUUAAUGUGGUUUCAAUUUGYUUUA